AUUGGUCAACUUCACAUGUCUGCUGAUGUGCCGGUUUGGGGUGUUUUUUGAUUUCGUAACUAACAUUGUUUUGCAUCUGUAGGGUAACGUAGUUGUGUAUGUUAGUCAGAGCGACUCUACCGGGACACACGGUGCUAUUCAGGCCAGCUAACUUAAAUUUAACCGGUGGUAAACGCACAUCCACGAAGCUACAGGCGUUACAUUUGCCUUACCUGGCUAACUGGAGCUAACGUCAUUACGUUAUUCACAUUAGUGUUAAGAUGGGCGAGGAAAUCAACGAUAACCUUAUAAAUACAGGCAGCGAAACUGCUAAUACUACUGGUGUUGAAGAAAUACCCGACACUGUAGAAGGUGGCGUCAAAUAUUACACAUUAGAAGAUAUAAGAGUACAUAAUAUUAGCAGUGACACAUGGCUCAUAAUCCACGGUAAAGUCUAUGACGUCACAAGUUUCAUUGAAGAGCAUCCUGGAGGGGAGGAGGUUUUGUUGGAGCAGGCGGGUGCAGACGCCACUGAGAGCUUUGAGGAUGUGGGUCACUCCACAGAUGCCAGGGAGAUGCUUGAGCAGUACUACAUUGGGGAGCUUCACAUGGAUGACAGACAGAAGGAGAAGGAGAAGGAGGCAUGUGACACAAAUUCAGGAGAGUCCAGCACUUCCUGGACCACAUGGUUGAUACCAGCUGUCGUUGCAACCGUUGUUGGAAUCGUGUAUCGCUACUACAUUUUGGAACACAAAUCCUCCUGAGUGCUGACAUCGUGUUUUCAUUUUUUUUUUUUUUUUUCAUCUGGAGGCCUUGAAAUGUGUGACCAAAAUCUCCCGACACUGAAGGCACAGAGUUAGGAGGGAGUGCAUCUUCUGCAAUGAGAAACGGAGGGGAGCAGUUUGAUAGAGUACUUUUGUUCUUGUCCGUCUACAUAAGUGCACCAAAUAGACAGUCAGACAAAGACUUUAUUAAAUUGUCUGCCUUCAGUUUCUAUUCGUGUUGUCAUGUCAAUGUUCUUUUACUUAAACCUUUAUAUGCAUUUGACCCAGUUCGGUUUUUGUGCAUUCAUAACUCGUUUGCCUCCUUAGAGACAAUUAGGUUUUAUAUCCUGGUAUGCAUAUAUAAUUAUUAUACAGAUACAAAGAGAGACACAAUGGACAUACCCAAGGGGAUUUCAGAAUGCAAAUUGGUCAUAAAAUCAAGGUAAUAGUAUACAUUACCAUGUAUUUUUUAUGCAGAAUUACAUUACAGCUACUUUUUAUAAAGCGCCAACAGUUACUACUGCCUCAUUCUCAAUACAUUAUUCUUUGCACUCCUCACACACUUCCUGUGUUAAACAAUGCUUGAUUACAUUGAUCUAUUUGUUGUGAAUGCAUAAUUCUUCUAAUGAUGCAAUUGCUGUGUCAUGUCUGUGUAGUCCUUUCUGAAAAUAGUGGUGAAUUAUAUUGUACGAGUAAUUAUUUAAGGUAGACUAUUUCCAUUUUCUACAGUUAAGUCAUCAAAGUAGUUAAAAUUCUCAAAAACGGAUCAGUAGAACAUGAAUUGAUGUACUAUGUAACCAUAAAAUAUUUCUUAAUCCUGAUCUAACAAGAAACUGAAUGACUGAGU